AUGCCGGACCAGGCGGGUGGGGCUCCGGCCCGUUCACGCACUCCAGAACGGCUCCGUCUCUGCCCCGCUGCGGACGCUGAGGCCUCUCCUCCUGGCUGCCACCGACCGCCGAGGACUCAGCCGGAAACCCACUUCUGCGGGCCCUCUCUGCAGCUCCCCACAGCCAGGACUGAGGAGGACGAAAUCCUUCCCAUGCCCAGCUCCUCUCUGCACCCUCCAGAGGCGCUGUACCCAGGACCAGGGCCUGGGCCAGCUGAGGGAUCCCUGGAGGAGGUGGGCGGGCCCGGCCUGCUCUGCACAGCCCUGCUCUCAGGCCUCACCCACGCGGCUCCUGCCGGGGCCCCCAAAGGCAAAAAGAAUGCCAAGAAUGUAAAUGCAUCCCCAGGUGCUGGCCCCAGCAGGUGGGGUGCUCACCGGGGAGAGGUGCCCACCGACAAUGCCGCAUGGCACUGCCCCUUCCCAGUCAGGUGUGGCGGGAAGAACACCAGGCCCCAGAUCACCGGAUCCCUUCAGCUCCUAGAAACCAAGCAGCCUAGCCCCUGCUCAGGCCCUGUCAAGGAAGGUGCUCAACCAAGGGCCUUAAAGGCCUCCGCGCAGGGGCGUCCAACACCAAGCCUGCCCCACUCAGAAGUGCGCCCGGAAAGGCAGUCAGAAGCCGCCCAGGACCUCACCAAGCCCCCGAACAACGCUUUCGGGAGCCCAGCAAGGGUCACUGUAGGACUGCAGCCAGCUGCAGACGGCAGCUUCGCCGGGAUGGGGUCUGUGUUGCAGCUGAAGAACAAGUCUGCACCAGGCAAGCCGCCCGCGCCCGAGGACCCCGCGGCGUUCCGGCCGUCGACCCCUUCCUCGGCUCCCAGGUCCAGGACGCUCGCGCCCCGACCCGGGGCUCCGGGGAGGGGCCUCUCUCCGCCCGCCCCGCCGCCCAGCCGGCCGCGGACGCGGGGGACCCGGCGCCUCCAGCCCGGCCCGCCUCCGCGAGAGAGAAAGCGCGGCUCCGCGGGGGCCCCCGCAGCCCGCCCGCGGCAGGGCGAGGGGCGCGCCCGCGGAGCCUGCAGCCCGUCACACCCCCCGGGACUCGCGGGGCCAGCGCGCGGGCGCCGGACGUCCACCGCGCCGCCCCCUCCCCGGGGGCGCCACUCACGCGCCGCCGCGGAGCCCGGCCGCGCCGCGCCCCUCCCCGCGCCGGGACCCUUCCCCCGGAGCGGGGCGGGCGCGCCCCUACCUGGCCGAGGCGGGCGCCUGUCACCGAGGGCCGCCGCGCGCGGGCUCAUCCCCUCGCCGUCCCCAGCGCGCCAGCCGGCGGCUUUUAAAUCUCCAGGUUACUCGGCGGGGGGAGAGAGCAUGCGCGCUGGGGCGGCCCGGAGGGGGCGGGGCGAGGCGGGCCGGAGCCGCGACCGCGACGGGCAGCCCCCGCGUGGCUCCCAGACUAUCAUUACCUAG